CAUAUUGACUGCUGAACUACAAGUCGGAGCAGGUCGGACAAAGAAUCGCAAAUUUUAACCACGCCGAAGUUAGACUGCUCUGGACAGCGUGUGCAGUGCUUGAUGGACACUACAUUACUACACUGAAACAAGACUGUUUGGUGGCGAUUAUGCUGACUUUUGUAGUCCGUUUCCUGCUCAACAACAACUUUUGACAAAUCUAGCGUUUAAAGCAAUAUGACAAUAAGGAUAAGGACAGCGCGCACUCUUCCAUCCCAGUGAAAAACAGCAUAGAGACAGGAUGUUUAGUCUAACUGAAGUUGCCUCCCUUAAUGACAUCCAGCCGAAAUACCGUAUUCUGAAACCAUGGUGGGAUGUGUUCAUGGAUUAUAUUGGAGUAAUAAUGUUGAUGUUAGCCAUCUUUUCUGGGACUAUGCAGUUAUCCAAAGACCAAGUGGCAUGUCUUCCCAUUCUUGAGGAAAGCACAAACCCUGAGGCAGCACAAAAUCGAUUAGAAUGUUCCACAUCAGUUCUGGGCACCACACCCUCAACAACCAGAGACCUUCCUGACAGCGUUGCACAUGAACUCCUUAACACUCAACCUACCCCCUUAAAAGGAGAAGAUAGGUGGUCUCAACCUCAACCCAGAGGACGAAAAACAAAUCUGGACUAUCAGCAGUAUGUUUUUGUCAACCAAAUGUGCUACCAUGAUGCCCUACCAUGGUACAACAAAUACUUCCCUUACCUUGCCCUCAUACACACCAUAAUGCUAAUGGUAAGCAGCAAUUUUUGGUUCAAGUACCCAAAGACCAGCUCAAAGAUUGAACACUUUGUUUCCAUUUUGGGGCGGUGCUUUGAAUCACCAUGGACAACGAAAGCUUUGUCUGAAACCGCUUGUGAAGAUUCUGAGGAAAAGCAGAGAUUCACAGGUGGUGUGGUUUUCCAGAAACACGUAUCCUCGGAGGACAGCAGUCAGUCUACACCUUUAAUUGAAACUCCAACGGUGCAGUUUCCAACCGAAAAGCUUAUUGCAGAAGCUCCUAGCCUGACCACCUUAGACAAAAAAGAUGGAGAACAAGCCAAGGCUCUUUUUGAGAAAGUGCGAAAAUUUCGAGUCCAUGUAGAAGACAGUGACUUCAUCUAUAAACUCUACGUGGCUCAGACAGCGAUAAAAGCACUAAAGAUCAUUUUGAUCUUGAGCUAUACAUCAACAUUUGCCUCGAAGAUCAGUUUCUGCCAUAUAUGCCAACCUAAAAUCGAAAGUUUGACAGGGUAUGAUCAGUUCUUUUGCACGCACAACAUGGCAUUCAUGUUGAGGAAACUUCUUUUCACUUUUAUGGCUAUGAUAUGUCUCUAUGGACUGGUGUGUUUGUAUACACUCUACUGGCUCUUCAGGAGACCUCUUAAGGAGUACUCUUUUGAAAAAGUCAGAGAGGAAAGUAGCUUUAGUGAUAUUCCUGAUGUCAAAAACGACUUUGCGUUUCUUCUACACAUGGUCGACCAAUACGACCAGUUGUACUCCAAACGAUUUGGCGUAUUUCUCUCUGAGGUGAGUGAGAACAAACUACGAGAAAUAAGCCUUAACCACGAAUGGACGUUCGAAAAACUACGUCAGCAUGUGACCUCCAAUGCUCAGGAUGAACAAGAACUUCAACUCUUUAUGCUGUCGGGACUCCCUAAUGCUGUAUUUGACCUCACCGAUCUGGAAGUCCUCAAGUUAGAGCUUAUUCCUGAGGUCAGGAUUUCAGCCAAAGUUUCUCAGAUGACCAACCUACGAGAACUACAUCUAUAUCACUGCCCCGCUAAAGUCGAACAAACUGCUUUCACUUUUCUCCGUGACCAUCUGCGAUGCCUUCACAUUAAGUUUACUGAUGUAGCAGAAAUCCCACCGUGGAUUUAUCUGUUGAGGAGCCUAAAGGAACUGAACCUGAUUGGGAACUUGAACUCUGAACACAACAAGAUGAUCGGUUUGGAGUCACUUAGAGAUCUGAGACACUUGAGGAUGUUGUACCUCAAAAGCAAUCUCAACAAAAUACCAACUAAUCUAACAGAACUCUCGCCACAUCUCACCAAACUGGUGAUACACAAUGAUGGGACUAAAUUACUGGUACUGAACAGUCUCAAGAAGAUAACGAGCCUGGUUGAUUUGGAGCUCCAGAACUGUGAUUUCGAGAGGAUCCCCCAUGCCAUCUUUAGCUUGGCUAACUUGCAAGAACUGGAUUUGAAGAAUAAUAAUGUCCGGACCAUUGAGGAGAUCAUAAGCUUUCAGCACCUGAGAAGAUUGAUGUGCCUCAAGUUAUGGUACAACAAGAUCACUGCCAUUCCACCAUCGAUAGGCCUAGUGAAGAGUCUGGAGUCCCUCGUUAUCUGUCACAAUAAACUAGAGACCCUUCCUCCAGCUUUGUUUCAUCUGCCCAAGCUGAGGCACAUUGACCUCAGCCACAAUUGCAUCUCAAGUAUACCAGUGGAGGUUGGAUACCUUCACAACCUUCACCAUUUCGCAAUCACUGGGAACAAGGUAGAGGUUCUGCCUAAUCAACUGUUUAAAUGUUCCAAACUAAAGGUUUUAUGUGUGGGUCAUAACAGCAUCACUUCCAUCCCAGAGGCGAUUGGACAGUUAGUUCAGCUGUCCCAUCUAGAGCUCAAAGGGAACUGCUUAGAUUGCCUUCCAUUCCAGCUUGGCCAGUGUUGCCUUCUUCGGAAAAACCUCCUUUUCGUGGAGGAUCAUCUUUUCGACACACUGCCUCUGGAGGUCAAGGAAAGUAUCAGUAGUGAAUAAUGGACUGAUGGACAUUUCAAAUUCUGCAGAAGUCUGCAAAAACUUCUAUGGGCCUGUCAUCAACAAUAUGGUCUAUAAAUGGGCCUCAAAGACAGGAAGCAAAUACACACGUGUUGCAACAUACAACAGGAACAUUGCAAACAACAGGUUUGUGUUUGCUUCUGUUUGCCAUUUGUUUAAAUUAUGUUCUGUUAAACUUGUAUAUUGUGUUAUUUACAUUUUUGUUGUCAUAUUGAAUAUGCAGGCUGAUGCAUAUUGUAAAGAGACAGUGCACCCAAAAAUUGCAAUUCUGUCAUUAUUUACUUGUCAUCCCAAACUUGUAUGACUACUGUGGAACACAAAAGGAGAUAUUUUGAACUGAUUUUUGUCCAUUAAUGGGGCCCAAAACAACAUCCGACCCUACUGACUUUUAUUGUAUGGACAAAAACACCUAUAAAUAAUGACAGAAUGACCAUUUCUGGGUGAACUAUCCCUUUAAGUAUUGAAAGGUCAGUAGUUCUCAUAAAUUUGUUUUCAAAAGUGUCUAUCAACGGCAGUUUUCAGUGAGGUCUUUUCUUUAACUCUUUAGUUAUGGAAACAAUCCCAACCUAGAAUACAUUUUAUGUUUUUUUAUACAACAUUAAACACAUGUAAAUGUAUCAUGUAUUUUGUUAGAUUUGUCCUUUGAGUUUAGGAGCUGCACUUCUCAGCAUUUUAUACGCUCCAAGAGACAAGAUCUGACAGGAUGAAAGAUUUGAUGAAAGUUCAUCUUUUCUCUUUAGCAAUAACAGCAAUAUUGCAACACGCUUUCGAGUCGAAGAAUGUGUUUUUGUAUUUCCUUUGUUAAGAGUGAAACAUAUGAAAUGUUUUUGCUGUGUUGUGCUGAUAAGAGGCAUGCCAAGGACUAAGAACUGCCAGAAUGGGGGGGGGGUGUACACCCUGCACCUCAUGAUUAGAAAGACAGUGACCUUGUAAAGCUGCCCUCAGUUUACUUUUGCGCUGUCAUUAUGAUUAUAUCUUAGAAGCCAACCGCUUGUCAAAGAACAUCUACAACAACUGCCCUUAACAUUCUCUGUUGUGUAAUUAUUAAUGCCUUAUUUUUUCUGUUCUCUGAUUAU